AUGUCCUCACACUUUUGGCAAAUCGUCAAUUGGAACCAUGUGUGGUCUCUAACUGGACUCGUAUGUCUCUCAACCACGUUGUUCAUCUGUAAAAAGUCAAAAAAGACUUCGACAGCUUCUAUUCGGCCACCGUCUUCUGCCGAAAGCCCUCAACCAUUGAUUCCAACGAAGGAACCACCACCAAAACCUGUUGCUGAUGCUCCUGUUGCACCUGCUGAAGAGAAACCAAAGGAAGAAGAAAAAAAACCCGACGAACCUGUGAAACCGAAAAAGAGCGAGAAGGAAAAAUCAAAGAAGGAUGGAAGCAAGAAGUCGAAUAAGGAAAAAUCGAAAAAGUCAGAAGGAAAGAAAUCGAAGAAGUCGGAGAAGAAGGAAGAAGAAAAGAAAAAGGUAGACGUCAAAGGAAAGGAUGCAUUUAAGAAGCCAGAGGAUGAAAGUGCGGUAGCAGCUAAAAAAGAUCCCAACUAUCAGACACUUUGUGGACUCAACAACGACCUAUUUGGACCAGACAAAAACCCAAAGAAGCAGUUCAAGGCUCCAACAAAGGUUGAGAAGGCUGAUGUGAAAGAUCCUCAAUAUGAGACUCUUAAUGGGCUGGGAGAGGACUUGUUCAAGGAAGAUAAGAAGGAUGACGAUGGAAAGAAAAAGGAAUUCAAGCCGCCAGAGAAGGUUGUGAAGGCAGAUGCCAAGGAUCCACAGUAUGAGACACUGAAUGAAGUUGAUAAGGGAAUAUUCAACAAUGAGGAGAAACCGAGUGAGAAGAAGGACGACGAGAAGAAGGAUGGAGAGAAGACAAAGAGCGAGAAAAAGAAAUGA